GCGGGGACCUUUCSUCGUGGCCAGCUUCUUAGAGGGACUGUUGGAYAACUAGCCAACGGAAGUUUGAGGCAAUAACAGGUUGUUACCCCGGCCCAGCCCCACUCUCGACUUCUGGUCGGGAUGGCGGUUGGUCCGGGCACGGACAGCCCUGCGGGAGGGUCAGGGGCGGGAUGUCGGGUGGUGGCGGCGGCCCUCGGCCUGCGUACCCCCGCUCCUUCCCGUCUCAGCUUUGUCCAGACCUCCUUUCCAUCCCGGCCUCGACCUCGGCUUCGUGCGGAGCUUGUGGCUUGUUUGGGGAUCGAGGGUUGUGUGUUGAGAGGCAACCUCUGCAGCAGGCCAUGUGCAGGUUCCUUGGAAGGGGACUCCGAAGAGGGUGACAGCCCCAUCGACUGCCGGACCCUGCUGCGCAAUGAGGUGUUGUCCAAGAGUUGGGUUUCUUGGGAAUGCAGCCGCAAUUGGGUGUGUCCCCACCCGAGGACAGCGUAUCAGAGGCCUCUCGUGGCGACGGGGGCAAAUGCGGAGCCUAUUUUGGCAUUGUCGGCUCCGAGCUCGCAACCUCCUGCCAUGGCUCCCCCGGCUGCUGUCAAUACCUAUGCUGCGCAGCCUCGUUCUGGAUGGUGGAAUCGUAAUCAGCAGAUUCUUGAUAAGUGCAAUGCUUUCGUCAGCAAGGCUGAGCAAAAAGAGAGGAAUGAGCAGGCCGCGGAGGAGCGGCUGAAGCAUCAGCGGGAAAAGGAGGGGGAGGCGGCCCGGAUUAAGAAGGAGCGAGAAGAAUUUGAAAACCAAAYGRRGGAACGAUUGGAGAAUAGGUUGGCUACUAUGUAUGACUCMAUCAUGGGGAAGGGUGUCAACAAGGCCAGYAGUAGUUCAGUUGAGGAGGAGGUUAGUCGUCUUCGACGUGAGAACGAAGAACUGCGCACCAAGUAUAGAAUUACGGAGCAGUUGCCAACAACAAAUCUUGUGGACCGUUUACAGAAGGAGAAUGGAAAGCUCAAGAAGUUCGGGGAGGAGUUGAAGUUACGUAUGGAGGGGGACCUCGCGGCGUUGAAAUGGGAAAUCCGGGGUCUCAAGGGGCAUCACGAAUCAGCAGGGAGAAGCUGUCUAACCAAGCAAAUCGAGGAAUUGCGCGUGGAGAUGGAGGAGGCACUGCGGAAACGGAAUGAAGAAUAUGAGGAGGUUGCGCAUCUAUGGAGAAAUGAAGCCCUUCAACCUGGUAACAAACGUGGUAGUAUCAACAUUUCGACUCCCAUGAGUGAAGGCCGCACGGCGACUCGGUCCAGGCUAAAGGGUACUCCGGAGGAGACUCGGCGCUUACGGGCUGAGUUACAGGAUCUGCAGGAGCGGCGCCGUUGCGACUUGACUGAGGUUGAUAUGCUUAAGGAGCGUCGCGCAAAGGCGGAAGCCAAACGUACGAACCUCAAGGAAAAGAUGGAGGAGGCCGUGAAUACUGGGUUUCGUACGGGUAGGCGUGGUAGGGUGAAGAUGACACCAGGGAGAAUGUCGAGGGACGACAGUGUCAGGGAGGCCAAUGAUAGAUUCGUUUUCUUACAGGAGGUCUGGAAGAGGCUUAAGGCUCUCAAGAAAGGAGGCCUGGAACCAUUGUGCAAAGAAGCUAGGAUUAAGUACAAAACGGUGGAGAUUACUGUGGACGAGUUAGCGGAGCUCAAUGCGGAGAAAGUGUUUGGCGGUAGUAGCAGUUCGAAGGACAAGGCAGAUGCAGGGCAAGAUCAAGGUAAGUCGGCUUCUGGUGGUAGUAGCGUUGCGGUUGUGGAGGAGGUCCCGUCGGACUCCGCUUGAUGGGACUUCCGAAAUGCGACACUAUGGAAGUUGGCUAAAUCUUGUCGGGAUCAUAGGUCUUCCUCUACUUCUUCUCUAAGAAACGGUGCCUGGAAUUACUUUUUUCAGACGGUCGUUUUGUCUCUAAUCUUACGUGGAUUCCCCUGGGCUGAUAAAUUCCAUUCUUAUCU